GCGUGAGCGCUUCACGAUCCACUACGAUCCACUUUGUUUUCUUCCGUGUUCAUCUUUAAUAUAUCUCCACCAGAACAUUAUUCGCACUAUGCACGACUUCCACUGAAUAGAAAUCUCAUCUUCCAUUUACCAAACGACGCUUUUGCGAUCGCCACAUUCCUGCACACUGAUCCGCCGAGCCUACGACUCUUCUCCGCUCGAAUAGAGAGUUGCAACGAAAAUAUAUUGUGCUUGUUUCGCAGGUACAAUUCCAGACUUUAUACUAUGAAAACAUAUCAAAUCAAUCCAAGAAAUCCCACUCCUCCUGUUCCCGUGAGCUGUUCUGUACGAGCUGUCGAUACCGUAUAGAAUCCUGUUAAACCAGAAGGCGAGCCCUGAACCGACGAUUGAAUUUUUGCUCCGAACGUCACCAUUCGUAAUGGCAAGAUGACCACUGCUCUGGGAGGGAGGUUCAAGUUGCAACAGCUGCGAAACGUCCGCCGAGUAGCACCAUCUCCCCCAACGCAACUCCGUCCAAAAUCUUUACCACCACCCCUUCGAAACCUCUUUCUUUCUCCACAGGAUCCGUUGGUCAAUCAACCCCAGGAAAAUACCUGGCUUCUCCUUGGACUACACCUUCGCGGAUAGUGCGCUAUAACAUGCCAUCUUCUACCACCUCGGCAGCUACCAACGCUUCGUCCACGUCGACCAUGCCUCCGACUCCCAGUCCAGUUGUUGCUGCGUACCGAGGCAAGCAGCAGGACGUCCAAUUGAUGGUCUCUAUCUGAGCCAGUUGUCGGGCCGUAGGGAGGGUGAAGAAGAGGAUUAGAGCUUGGGAGGGAAUACAUCAACCAGUCGAGACUUUUUUUCAAUGGCCAUUAAGGAGUUCUCAUUCAGAAUGCUAUUGUAUUAU